AUGUCGUAUGACAGCUCUGCUUUUGAGGUUGCGCGUCUUCUCGCUCAAGGACGCGUGACCAAAGGCUGUGGAGUAAAACAAUCAGCCUUUUGGCAUCAUGCGAGGAUGUAAUGACUGGAGAUGAGUAAAGCCAGCUGAGGUAUCCACCUAGUUGCCAAACAGAAAUCAAAGCCGUUCAGUGUGCAGGUUGAUGACUAGCAAACUGAAAAGACCUGAGACGUAUAUCUCCUUUCUAGGAAAUGCAUUCGCUUGUCUGUGGAGUCGGCGUAUAUGCUAACAAAUUUGUAGAGGAAAAGCCCAGCGAUUAGCUCAUCCUCAAGCUCUGUAGCCUCAAUGUCUUCUUCCAGCAGACCAAAGGUAUGUUACGUCUGCAAAGAGGGCGAGUUUCUACCCACAAAAGCGUUAGUGCGUUGUGUGAGGUGCAAGAGAUUCUGGCACCACAAUUGUCACGCACCUCCUGUCAGCAGAGAUAUGCAUGACUUACAGUAUGUUGUUUGGAUAAACCUCACAAACUCAAUGGUAUUGUACUGACUGCUAUUCAGAAAACCUUUCAGCUGCGCAAGAUGCGUCAAGAAGGCAUCCACCGACCAAAGUACACAUUCAAACGCAAUAGCCACAUCCCCUUCUGUAGCUCACAAUGGCUCACAGUCUGCUCCUGGCUUCUCAUGUGAGGUUUCUGGCUGCAAUCGCAUGCCAAUGAAAGAUCCCCGAAGCGCAAGAAGGAUCUGCAAGCACCACAGCAUAAGUGAAAAACAUAUGCUAUCUGCCAACAAACCGAGGCCACCGGUAGCUAUGAAAUCAGCCCGAGUCGAUAGGUCCAAGAUGAAGCCACCUGGAAGACCGGAGAGCCAAGCAGUUACUAAAGACCGCAAGCAUAGGCACCCGUCAAUGAACAAAAGUAUUGAUUCCACUUGCUACGACACCAAUUCUGGAGAAUCAGACAUUGGACUUGAUAUGCGCAAUUCCCGUGCUAAAAAUGUUGAUGUCUCCUUAGCAAUGCUACAACUGGAAGGAACUCAAGGCUUUGCCAAGCAUACCGGGUAUGCAAUUGAAUCAUUAUCAUCAUCAUCAUCGCCCAUAGAUGAAAGCAGUCGAGCGCAGAAGCAAUUAUCCGAGUGGAUUGAACGUCACUGUGAUGAGCAGCUCCAGAUCAAUCUCACAUCAUGGCUCAGGACUCAUGCCAGUGGACAUACCACUGAGGAUGAAUGGUGGCCAAAGUUGCGAGAUCUUGUCUGCACAGUUGCAUCCGGAUCGACGGCUAUUGAUUGCUUGAACAGAGCCAUUUUGUUUCGAUUGGAAAGUCAGCGCCCAUCAGGUAGCACAGGAUCCAUGUGGCAAGUGGAGCAAGAAGACGUCGAGAAUGCAAUAGAGCUGUUGAAAUCAAACACAGAAUAUCCCAUCUCGGCGGUGCAGCUCAUGGAAGUCCAUGCCUGUUAUCAUGCUUGUGGAAUACUCGUGCCUCGUGACCCAGAUCCCGUGCUGCGAGGAAGUUCGCGGGAAGCGGCCGCCGACGACAAUCGGCGUGAAUGGAUUCGGGCAUAUGAUGAGGAGGAAAUGGAGUACGACCUACCUUCUCCCAGACCAAUUUCCAAUCUACUUGGUCUCCAAGACAACAUGGAUCAAAACCUCUCGAAGCACAGUCCUGAACCGGAGGCUGAUCAGGAGGAUCGAAACCCAGAACAUGCAUCGCCGCAUAUCCUUGCAGCAGAUCAUCGCGACUCUCGCUCGCCCAGUGUCGGUCUACGUGGCACUGAUACGUUGGAUAUGGAGGACGACGAAGAAUAUACCCCGACCUUGAAACCUCUACAGCCUCACUCCAAUGAAGACGUCGCAAGGGCCUUGGAAACACGACCCAUCGUUACAACCAGAGAGCCCCUCGGCGAGUUGGCAGACCAAGAAAUUGAACAUUGUGCUCCGCGACCAAAAGGCGAUUCAAACGGUUAUGAACCUUCAUAUAAGCUCCCUCCUUCCAUAUCAAGUAUCACAGGGCAAAUGGGCAUUCCGAACACUUCUUCAUCAUCAGAAAAUGCCCUUACCGGUGUCAAGCAUGCUUUAGAGGCACCGUCAAGUUCCCGUGAAGCAAAACGUCGUGCGCACGCCGACCUUGUAGGGGCCGAGAUCAGCAAACAGCUUCAAGCUCAAAAAGAGCCGCAACCCGAUCCAAUGGCCUCCUCAACCAUAUCCCCCGAACCAGCCAACUCUUUCAAGCACAACUCUCUCGCUGGCACUGGUUACCUUUGGGAAGCACCUCCAGGAUCUUUUGAUGCAAAAAAUCGCGCUCGUUCUGGUGUCGUGGACGCCGAGAUGGAUGAAUGGCUGUACGGGGCCAAGAAAAUCAAGGAACAUGAUUCUGAGUACCCCAUGCCGGACCACGAAUUCAUCCGAUCCCAAAGAUGGGGACAUAUCAAUCCAACGACGGACUGGCCCAAACUCCCCCUCUCAGGUGAAGCUCUCAAACGUAAACGCGCCGAGAUCGACGCUCGUCCACGUCGCAAAGAACUCUUCGGGACAGGCCUCAGUGAAGCAAUCAAGAAAGGGCGAUUGGGAAAAUAUGGCUGCAUCUAUAUGGUCAAACCCCUCGGGCCAAUUACGCCUGCGUAUCUGGAGCAUAAGGCGAAUUUGGAGAAGAUGAUCAGGGUACCCAAUAUCGAUAAUUAUGAGCCGGCUGUUCGCAACAAUAAGCUUGGUAUGAGGGAGAGGCCUACAACGACGAUUACGGAGAUCAUUGAUGGACAGGAGGUUACUAGGCAGAAGAAGAAGUCUGAGUUAUUGUGGAUUGAGAGACAUGAUGCGAUUGUUGAUAUUGUUUUCCACUUCUGGAGAGGAUAUUAGGGGACGAGGUGUUGCGCUGGGUAGAGUUGAUGGUUGUUCUUUUUUUCCCUUCUGUGCCCACGCUAAAGACUAUCCGAUUUAGGUGUGGAUGGUCUUCCCUGAGCUCAUCUGAGGCCUUUUUUUUUCUUCAACGGUGCUAAAGAUGUGUCAUUAGGGUAGGGAUUGUGUUCAUAUUGCCUGGACCUGGAGGGUUGUUAUGUUUUUUUUUGUUUUUUUUCCCCCUUUCUGGCUCUUGUGAGUCGCUCAAUCAUGAAUGAUUUCUCACGAAAUCAUUUGGGAUCUGACCUUUUUCGUUUCCGGGUACAGUUUGUUUCUCAUGGGUUCAUGGGGAUACUGACGUUAUUGUUUUUCCCUCUUUUCUUUUUUUCAUUUGGCGUGUCGUCUGACUUUUAAUUUGCGCGUUUUUUGCGUGGGCGUUGUAGUUAGAUGAUACCCCCUGAUAGUCUGUCCACAAAUGGAAUUGCGUUGUUUUCUUAGG